AUGAAACUGCAGUGGAGGGAUGAAGGAGCCCCCCCCGGUUUGUGUGGGGGUGGCCCCAUGGCAGCUCCUGGGUGCUGGGAGGGGGCUCAGGGCAUCACCCCACUCCUGCCACAGCCAUGUCCCUGCAGGGUGUCUGGCCAGGGCUGUGCCACCCCCGGAGCACCCAGCCAGGGUGCUGCCACCCCCGGAGCACCCAGCCAGGGUGCUGCCACCCCCGGAGCACCCAGCCAGUGUGCUGCCACCCCCAGAGCACCCAGCCAGGGUGCUGCCACCCCCGGAGCACCCAGCCAGGGUGCUGCCACCCCCAGAGCACCCAUCCAGGGUGCUGCCACCCCCGGAGCACCCAGCCAGGGUGCUGCCACCCCCGGAGCACCCAGCCAGGGUGCUGCCACCCCUGGAGCACCCAGCCAGGGUGCUGCCACCCCGGAGCACCCAGCCAGGGUGCUGCCACCCUGGAGCACCCAGCCAAGGUGCUGCCACCCCCAGAGCACCCAGCCAGGGUGCUGCCACCCUGGAGCACCCAGCCAAGGUGCUGCCACCCCCAGAGCACCCAGCCAGGGUGCUGCCACCCUGGAGCACCCAGCCAGGGUGCUGCCACCCCCGAGCACCCAGCCAGGGCGAUGCUCACACCACAGAAGGGCCAGACUCUGCCCACCACAGACCUCCCUCAGCAGACACCGGCGUGGGGGGGGGGGGGGGGGGGGGGGGCUUCCCCUUUCCCCAAGGACCACCUCAUGCGUUGCCCCUCUCGGUUUUGCCACUGGCGGGGCUCCAAGCCCACCACCAACCCCCACGGAGCUCGCCCCCACCAUGCCUGAGAACGGCCCCGGCACCGCACACCCGAGGCCGAAUCCUGCCCGGCGGGAAGCCAUCGUCACCCUCGAUCAGGGUGCUGAGGUGGGGAAGAGCAGCUGA